AGGAUUAUGGCAGUCAGUAAUGAUAGCACAGCUGAGGUUUCGUUGAUAUAUCAACAAGUGUUUGAGGUUGGACUGACUGAGGGGCCAAUAUUAAAAGCUAGUUUUGCAUUAAUAAUGUCACUCUUCUUUACUUAUUUAAAUGCUAUUAUGGUCUACACUCUUUGGAGUAAGCCUGUUUUUGAAGAGACUCCACGCUACAUUCUGUUUAACCAUAUGCUUCUUAAUGACUCUAUACAUCUCCUUGUUACAUCUUUGUUGUAUGUUUUAGGUCUGGCAUUCCUCAGAUUAGUCAAGGCUGCUUGUGCUUUUAUAGUAUUUAUUUCAGUUUCUACUUUUCGUAACACACCUGUUAACUUGGCUGUCAUGUCUCUAGAGCGUUAUGUGGCCAUUUGCUUUCCUCUAAGACAUGCUGAAGUAGCCACUCAAAAAAUAACUUAUAUUGCUAUUGGACUUGUUUGGUUAAUUAGUUCCAUAAACUUAAUCAUUGACUUGCUUUAUGGGGUAGUGAUGGAUUCUACUUUUUUUACCUCAAAAAUACUCUGCACAAGAGAAAGGCUUUUUAUAAAGAAGUGGCAGCUGGAUGUUUUUCAGGUAUUUAACAUAUUUUACUUUGUGUCAGUGACUGUGUUCAUUGUUUUCACUUAUAUCAGCAUUGUAAUCACUGCCAGGUCCCUAACCUCUAAUAAACCCUCAGCUUCAAAAGCCCACAAGACCGUCCUCCUGCAUUUUAUUCAGCUAAGCAUGUGUCUGAACACUUUUCUCUACAGCGCUAUAGAGAGAGCCGCAGCAAUGGCUGGCAGCAGUGAUAGCAAUCUAUUUUUGGAUUUACGUUACUUAAACUAUUUGUUUGUGCUGAUCUUGCCACGUUGCCUAAGUCCACUUAUCUACGGACUGAGAGACGAUGCUGUUCGGCCCUUAUUCAUCUACUAUUUUUGCAUGACAGUGCGGAAAAUUAAGACCACAGUCAAUAUACACUGA